AUGCUUUAUUGUUCAAGCAUACGAGGUUCGCCAGAUGUUGCCGUACUAGCACCCGACUACUUCACCGUUUUGUGCAGUGCCAUUUCACAACUCUGUAUUCCCGAUAGCGAAAUCGGCCAACCACCAGACGACCCCUCAUCAGCGGAAGAAUGGGCUUUUCAGACUGUUCUUGGCAUCAUACUGGCUGGCCUCCUUCGGGAAGCCGUGGUCAAGGAGACGGGGCUCUGGAUCUCAGUGGCAUAUCGAUUGAUACUGGAGCACUGCCCCUCUAACGUUGACGAGAGAUCCCGUGAAUGGCGACGUCUGUUCUCUGGUCUGCAGAUCGUGGAUCUCGAGCACGCCUCGAUCCACCUCUCGUGUCCUGUAAUCCCCAUCGAGGCGCCGCUGCCUCGGCUCAAGAUCGCGAUGCAAGAUCAGCUGUACCGCCUGUCUAGGAUGAUGCAUACGGGCCUGACGCACUUCACUGGGCGGGGCUUACCGACUAUCUGGUCAUGCUUUGCUGGCGAGCCUAGCGCAACGCCUGAUGCAACCGUCUCGUUCAGCGGUGUCGAUGGGGCGGUGAUCCGUGAUUGGGCACGUCAGCUGGAUGACUGGCUUGUGGAGUUUAGCGAUAGGGAGUUUGAGUCGGAGCAUGAGAAGAAGCUCGUGUUCAGGCAGUACAUCCUCCACCGUCUGCUGGUUUUGUCCAUCUAUCACCCUGCGAGGGGGUGCAACUUGUUUUCCAAUACCACACCGAAAGAACAACAUGAGCUUCUGGUCUCGGCACGGGCGGCUGUCAAGCUACAAAUUCUUGACUCGGCUAUUUGGUCCAAUUGGGACCUGGUGAUGAUCACUUGGGCAUGUCUUAUCGUGCUCCAAGGCGUGGAUGGUGGUGUAGGAGAACCUGAUGAUCUGGAGAACGUGGGGGUUCACCUGCAGAAGUUGAAAGAGAUGCACGAGCCAAAGCCAAGUCUCAGAGGCAUCUUAGCCACACGGCUUGAAGAAAAGCUUCAAGGGCUGCACACCCCUGCUUCGGGUGACGCAGAGAUGUUCGAGCAGGAAAUACAGAACCUGGACAACUCUUGGUACAUCUUCGAUCAAGCAAGUCUGCAGGCAGGUUACGAACUAUGGUCAUACGAAAACCAAGGAGGCUAG